UUUUUAAUGUUUCUCAUGUUCGUAUUUUCUCCUAUUUGCAGGAAUGCUCACUUAGAAGCAGAGGGCGCAAAGAAGGGUCUUCGGCUUCCCUCUGCUCGCAAGACAGGCACUACUAUUGCUGGUGUGGUGUUUAAGGAUGGGAUUGUACUUGGAGCAGAUACGAGAGCUACUGAAGGAAUGGUUGUUGCUGACAAGAACUGUUCAAAAAUACACUAUAUUGCUCCAAACAUCUAUUGUUGUGGUGCUGGGACAGCUGCAGACACCGAAAUGACAACUCAGAUGAUUUCUUCCAACAUGGAGCUGCACUCCCUCUCGACCGGACGGCUCCCCAGGGUGGUCACGGCCAACCGGAUGCUUAAGCAGAUGCUCUUCAGAUAUCAAGGUUACAUUGGUGCUGCCCUGGUUCUUGGUGGGGUGGAUGUCACCGGCGCCCACUUGUACAGCAUCUACCCUCACGGAUCUACUGACAAAUUGCCGUAUGUUACCAUGGGUUCUGGAGCCUUGGCAGCCAUGGCUGUUUUUGAAGACAAGUACAGACCUGACAUGGAGGAAGAGGAAGCCAAACAGCUGGUGAGAGAUGCUAUUGCCGCUGGUAUUUACAACGACUUGGGCUCCGGCAGCAAUAUUGAUCUCUGUGUCCUCAGCAAGAACAAACUGGACUUCCUCCGCCCUUACGAUAUGCCGAACAAAAAGGGAGAAAGGCAAGGGAGAUACAGGUGUGAGAAAGGAACCACGGGCAUCCUCUCCGAAAAAAUUACACUCUUGGAUCUUGAAGUGGCGGACGAGACAGUGCAAACAAUGGAUACAUCCUGAUCUGAACCGAUCAGGGUAGUGGAAGAGGGAACAGACAUGUCCUCUUUGCUUUUGGAAUGCCCAAUUGUAUGCUGGGCUUGUACACUGUCUGGUAGAAUUAAUAAAAAUGAGAACUGUCUAA